GCGUCUCCGCGUGCUGCCUGGAUACAGUUCUGGGUUAGAAGAUGCCGAGCGGCAUGAUGCGCCUGAUUUGACAAAUUGUAUAUUUUCUGAUAUCAUUGACCCACUUUUGUGGUCCUAUACUCCUAGCUUUAGCUGUCAAUGUCCACCAUUCGUUCUGGUCGUUUUUUAUUUUUACAUUUCAUACCAGUAUGUUCCCUUCGUGCUAUUCAAAGCCGACGAGUUCAAAGGACCUAUUCAAAAGGACUUAUCUGACAAAGAUAUUACUCGGAGUGUUCGUAGUGUAUAUGUCACACACCUGCUGGGUGAUUUAUGGCUUUGUAUACACCAAGCCUUGUGAGAGAGGUAAAGGAGACUGCAUUUCUUCCUAUCUUGCAGAAAGACCCCGUCUCCAGCUCAGCAUUUUCUCCAGUUUGAGGCCUGACCACAGUGAACUCAACCUCAUCAUCAAGAUAGAUGACUUUGACAUACAUUCUAAAUUUGAAAGGGUGGUGAAUGUAUCCCUGCCGUUGGCAACACGUAACAACGGGACUCUGCACACAUUGGUUUAUGUACACAAGUUUGGAGUGUCUCCCUUGCAGGAUAACCGGCAGGUCCAUCAUGUUGCCCAGCUCAGCACCUACAUGGUCCCGAAAAAUCUCAGCUCUGCUAAACAGGUCCUCAAAAAACAUGCUGCCACUGCUCCUCGAGUAGUAGACAGACCCAUCUCUCACUGGAGGUCCCGUCUAACCCUAAACAUGAUGUCAGAGGACUUCACCUUCAACAGAGGGACCUUGCCAAGUGAUGUCCGGCGCUACAUGAGAGUAUUUCAGGAUGAGAACAGGAUGGUAUAUCUCCCACUUUUACAUAUUGAUGAACUCAGCGUCAGAGUAAAGGACAUGAUGGAGAUUAACGGCUCCACAACCAAACUACCUCUUACAAUAUCCUACGAAGGCCUAUCGCUGAGGCAAUUCCGUCUCUGGAUCCACAUGCAGGAUGUAAUGUUUUCACUGAAACGUUUUGGGUUCACUGAGGUGAAUAUAGAUGAAAUCAAAGGUGUUCUUGUGGACAACAACUUGUACCUGUUAGCAUUGACUACCUUGGUGACCGCAUUCCAUUUCAUAUUUGAAUUCCUGGCCUUUAAAAAUGACAUAAGCUUUUGGAGGAAGAAGAAAAACAUGGUGGGCAUGUCUCACACAACAGUGUUGUGGAGAUGCUUUAGCACCAUAGUGAUUCUCCUGAAAAUGCUGGAGGAACGAAGCAGCUUGCUAGGUCUCAUUCCUGUUGGAAUAGGAACCACAAUUGAGGUAUGGAAGGUCAAAAAGGUUUCCAAAAUACAGCUACAGUGGAGAACCUCUAGGUCUAUAGUUCAUGUUGGUAAAUUUGAUGAGUCAGAGAGAAAGACUAUACAACAUGACACACAGGCAAUGAAAUGCCUGUCUUAUUUAGUGUACCCUCUGUCUAUUAGUGGAGCCAUCUUCUCUCUGGUAUACCUGAGGUAUAAAAACUACUAUUCAUGGUUAAUCAACAGUCUUGUCAGUGGGAUUUAUGCUUUUGGAUUCCUCUCUAUGGCUCCUCAGCUGUUCAUUAACUUCAAGUUGAAGUCCGUGGGCCAUUUGCAAUGGAACGUAUUGAUGUAUAAAGCAGUCAAUACAUUCGUCAACGAUGCCUUUGCCUGUGUCUUCAGCACACACCCAUCCCACCAGCUGGGCUGCUUCAGGGAUGAGAUUCUGUUUCUCCUCUACCUUUACCAGAGGAGGCUUUACUCUACAAACAAGACCAGAUGUCGUGAGUAUGGAUCAUGCCACCACAACCACAGGAAACUCAAAGCCCAAUGAUGGCUGAGGUCAUCACCAGAAAACAUGGUUGAAUGAAGGAAACAUACCUGCACAUGGUGGGGUUGUAAACAGCAUGGGAGGCUCUCUGAGGGUGCAUCAGGGUUUAUUAGAAGCCUUUAGUAAAGUUCAGAAUUAGUUUUGUAAGUAGAGAAUACAGCUGAUUUUCAGUCAACCCUGUGUUAACCACUGACAUUUCCAUGUGUUAGAAGUUUGACCAACCCGUAUGUAGCCAACAGAAGCAUGAACCGUUUUUUAGUGAUACAUAUUGAUUACUGCAUUGUUAGGUUUGAGGCUAGCAAUAAAGGCAUUAAUACUUGAAAAAGGAGGCUGCCCCUCGCCCUGCCUGCACGGCUCCAUGUUACCAGAUAUAACCAGUAUGUUGCCUACUGAAGCAUAAAGCUGCCCCUCACCCUGCCUGCACUGCUCCAUGUUACCAGAUAUAACCAGUAUGUAGCCUACUGAAGCAUAAAGCUGCCCCUCACCCUGCCUGCACUGCUCCAUGUUACCAGAUAUAACCAGUAUGUAGCCUACUGAAGCAUAAAGCUGCCCCUCACCCUGCCUGCACUGCUCCAUGUUACCAGAUAUAACCAGUAUGUAGCCUACUGAAGCAUAAAGCUGCCCCUCACCCUGCCUGCACUGCUCCAUGUUACCAGAUAUAACCAGUAUGUAGCCUACUGAAGCAUAAAGCUGCCCCUCACCUUGCCUGUACUGCUCCAUAUAGUCCACAAGGAGGCAGUGAUGUCAGCCCCUUGCUGUACUGUUUUCUGCUUGUUCUUUCAGUCCUCUACUUCCUGUUUGAGAAUAGUACAUGUAUAGAUGGGUGCUAAAGGGGAGGAAUGAGAAACAUGUACAAAAGAUGGAGUAAUGUGAAGUACAGUGAACUCCUGAUAAAUCCAAUGUCUUUGGACAGUCAUAUGUGAGAGCUAACUGGAACAUGCACAUAACCUGUAUCUAUCCAGGCUGUAUUUGAAAUGGGACGAUUGAGCUACAAUGCACUAAUGAGGUUUUUUGCACUUUGCAUACAAUGUGCACUUAUCAGGAAUCAACUGUACUUUUAAAUAAUGAAGAUACUGUAAGGUCUUUAAAAAUGAAUUAGGAAGCGUAGCCUGAUGUUUUUGAAUCACAUCCUUCUACCAGGGUUUAUGGAAUGACUUUCCUCUUUGAUUAAAUUAUUACAAUUAAAUGAUUUA